AAUGAAUACUAAGAGAGAGAGAUACAAGGAGAGAUAGACAUAAUUGGCAAACAUGAAGCAUCCAAAUAUUGUCCAGUAUAGAGAAUCGUUUGAAGAAAAUGGCUCUCUCUACAUAGUGAUGGAUUACUGUGAAGGAGGGGAUCUGUUUAAACGAAUAAAUGCUCAGAAAGGCAUUUUGUUUCAAGAGGACCAGAUUUUGGAUUGGUUUGUACAAAUAUGUUUGGCCUUGAAACACGUACAUGAUAGAAAAAUUCUUCAUCGAGACAUAAAAUCACAGAACAUAUUUCUAACCAAAGAUGGGACAGUACAACUUGGAGAUUUUGGAAUUGCUAGAGUUCUUAAUAGUACUGUAGAGUUGGCUCGAACUUGCAUAGGGACCCCAUACUACUUGUCACCUGAAAUCUGUGAAAACAAACCUUAUAAUAAUAAAAGUGACAUUUGGGCUCUGGGGUGUGUCCUUUAUGAGAUGUGUACACUUAAACAUGCAUUUGAAGCUGGCAAUAUGAAAAACCUGGUACUGAAGAUAAUAUCUGGAUCUUUUCCACCUGUGUCUUUGCAUUAUUCUUAUGAUCUCCGCAGUUUGGUCUCUCAGUUAUUCAAAAGAAAUCCUAGGGAUAGACCAUCAGUGAACUCCAUAUUGGAGAAAGGUUUUAUAGCUAAACGCAUUGAAAAGUUUCUCUCGCCUCAGCUUAUUGCAGAAGAAUUUUGUCUAAAAACAUUUUCAAAGUUUGGAGCACAGCCUACACCAGCUAAAAGACCAGCUUCAGGACAAAGCUUGGUUUCUGUUAUGCCAGCUCAGAAAAUCACAAAGCCUGCUGCGAAAUAUGGAGUACCUUUAGCAUAUAAGAAACAUGGAGAUAAAAAAUUACUUGAAAACAAACCACUCCAAAAACAUAAACAGGCCCAUCAAACUCCAGUGAAGAAAGUGAGUCCUGGAGAAGAAAGGAGGAAAAUGUUUGAGGAACCAACAAGAAAGAGGAGGUUUGGAUUUAUUGAAAAAGAAAAGAAAGAAAAGGAUCAGAUUAGUUUUAUGAAGGCUGAACAAGUGAAAAGGCAAGAAAAGGAAAGGUUGGAGAGAAUAAAUAGGGCCAGGGAACAAGGAUGGAGAAAUGUGUUAAGUGCUGGUGGAAGUGGUGAAGUAAAGGCUCCCUUUUUUGGCAGUGGAGGGGCAGUAGCUUCGUCAUCAUCUUCUUCUCGAGGGCAAUAUGAACAUUACCAUGCCAUUUUUGAUCAAAUGCAGCAACAAAGAGCAGAAGCUAAUGAAGGAAAAUGGAAAGGAGAAAUACAUGGUCGAGGGCUUCCAGAAAGAGGAAUUCCACCUGGAGUUCGUCCAGGAUUUCCUAAUGGGGCUGCAGGUCAUCACCAUUUCCCUGAUGCUGAUGCUAUUAGAAAAACUUUGAAAAGAUUGAAGGCCGUGUCUAAACAAGCCAAUGCAAACAGGUUGGACUGUGAUGAUCCAUGAAUUCAUCAUUGUGUGUAAUUUUGUCUUGUCAUGUGUAGUUUAGUACCUACACUUGUAGAUGUUUUCUCCAUUGUUUACAUAGAA